AAGACACAUUCACACCUUUAACCUGCACCUUAAACACGCACACCACUUACACGCAUACACACACAGACACACAGACACACAACUUGUGUUAUGCGUUGCAUUACCCUUGUCACUCAGCUCACAGCUAAGUUAGGAUGAUAGAAUCCAGUCAUUCCUUCAAUUCCAUCUUCUGCUGCUGUUGUUCUCUAGAGUCCCGGACCAGCACACGUGUGGAUCUGAACUCCAGAGACGAACACAACCCUGCGUACACCCACCGACCGGAGCGCUCGAUGAAGAAGCUGCCCCCACCCCCUCCGGUGGACGAGGCUCAGGAGAAGGUGAUGGUCGUAGCCCUCUAUGAUUUCACGGCAUGUGAGCGUUCGGACCUGAGCCUGAGGAGAGGAGAGGAGUACAGGAUCCUCCACAAACAGGACCAGCUCUGGUGGAGAGCAGAGGACAGACACGGGAAUAAAGGCUUUAUCCCGAGUAAUUACGUCACAGAGAAACACACCAUAGAGGCGAAUGAGUGGUACUGCAAGAACAUUAACAGGGCUGAUGCUGAAAACAUGCUAAGACACGAGGAUAAAAAUGGUGGAUUCAUUGUGAGAGAGUCGAGCCAGCCAAAUCGCUACACAGUGUCCGUCUACGCCAAGUGCAAAGGGGAAAGACUGGGUGAUGUGAAACAUUAUCAGAUAAAGCAGACGGAAGUGGGGAAGUUCUUCCUGGCGGAGAACUACACCUUCACCUCCAUCCCCGAGAUGAUUAAUUACCACAAGCACAACGCCGCAGGCCUUGUUACAAGAUUGCGCUUUCCUGUUGGUCCAAUGGAACAGUGUGUCCCUACUACUGCAGGAUUUAGCUCAGACAAGUGGGAGAUUGACCCCAGUGAGCUGACCUUUAUGAAGGAGCUGGGCCGAGGAGAAUUCGGGGUGGUGCGACUGGGGCAGUGGCGAGAGCAGCACACGGUGGCCAUUAAAGCCGUCAGAGAGGGAUCCAUGAGUGAGGACGACUUUAUAGAGGAGGCUAAAGUGAUGAUGCGGCUGUGUCACCCUAAGCUGGUACAGAUCUACGGUGUGUGUACGACGCAGCGUCCCAUCUGCAUUGUGCUGGAGUUCAUGGAGAACGGCAGUCUGCUCCAGGCGCUGCGAGACCAUGGCAGCAGUCUGGAGUGUGUGCAGCUGCUGGCCAUGUGCCAAGAUGUGUGUGAGGGCAUGCAGUACCUCGAACACAACAACUUCAUACACAGAGACCUGGCUGCGAGGAACUGUAUGAUGAACGAGAAAAACGUGGUGAAGGUGUGUGACUUUGGCAUGGCAAGGUAUGUGUUGGAUGAUCAGUACACAAGCUCAUUAGGCUCCAGGUUCCCAGUAAAAUGGUCUCCACCUGAAGUUCUCCACUACAACAAGUUUAGCAGCAAAUCUGACGUCUGGUCCUUUGGUGUGUUGAUGUGGGAGGUGUUCUCUGAAGGACGCACUCCGUUUGGGAACAGGCUGAACCCUGAGGUUGUGGAAGAAGUGACGCAGGGAGGCCGACUGUACAAACCACACAAAGCUCCAGCAAACAUCUACGACAUCAUGUACGAGUGCUGGCAUGAGAGACCUCAAGGUCGGCCCCCGUUCUCUGACCUGCUGCAGCGCAUUAAGGCCAUCACUGAGGAGUUCAGCUAGAAGAGAAACACAACAACAAUAUCACAAACUGCACAAUAACACACACCGCACACGAGCGCUACACACCGGUGUGUGUGUGUGUCAGGGAGAGGAACGACGUGCGCGGCUCGCUCCCAUUGGGUGGGUUUGUGGGGUUUUUUGUAAAAAAGUUAGCGUCUCGUGAAACCUGGAGUCAGAGCCGGAGUGGAGGAUAGCCAUGGCCCCGCCCCCCGCCCCGCCCACACCGCUGACGAUCACAAGAUUGUUAAUGAACAUCAGCUAACUUGGCUAACCCGCACGCUAACUCGGUGAGCGUGCAGCAUUACUGAUUAAGAUAUAAAGAUAAACUGCGGCUGUACUGAUUUAAUGAUUGGCAGGAAUUUAUUUUUGAGCUGCGACUCUGAGCUACAGUUUGCUAGCGAGAUGACAUCAUUCACAAGGAAUGUGUGUGUGUAAGAAAACAAACAAUAAACAUUAAUUAGCGUUUUUACACUCAGUUGCCUUUUUAAGGGGACCACUGGAGGGAGGUUCUGUGGGUGGAGUCCGGGUUAAACAGGACAGACUGGUGAAGCGUACUGAACCGCUAAACCGCCCGGAGUGUGAGCUGAGACCUGAAAUGUCUCGUGUAAUGUAGCCGCGGCUCCGAUGCACCUCAUUACUGCAGAACGCUCAGAGAUGUUGAUUGUUUGCUGCACCGUGGUGUCUCAAAGAGCUUCAGAUGUGUGUUCAGUGCAGCGAGUGUGUGUGUGUGUGUGUGUGUUCAUGAUGCUUUGCUGUCAUUUCCAGCCAAAACCAUGAAACUGUCAAUCACUCCACAGACUCCAGCUCCUGACAGUGCUGUGUGUUGAUGGAGGUUUGACUCACUUUCCCUUCACAAUGCAGCCUGACACAAGGGGGCGCCAGAGAGGCUCUGGCUUUAUUUAAACCCUUGUUAUGAGCUCCA